AUGAAUCGAUAUUGGUGGAGAUCCAAGAAUGACCAGGGUAUACAUUGGAAAGCAUGGGAUAAACUAUGUAUUCCAAAGAAAUAUGGAGAUUUGGGGUUUAAAGAGUUACGUGCCUUUAAUCUUGCUAUGUUGGGUAAGCAAGGGUGGCGUUUUCUGACACAACCGCAAUCAUUGGUUUCGAGAGUUUACAAAGCCAGGUAUUUUUCCACUAAUUCUUUCUAUGAUGCAUGCUUGAGUAAUAACCCAAGUUUUUGUUGGCGAAGUAUCUUGGCAGCACAAGAGUUGAUUUGUGGGGGAGUUAGGAGGAGAAUUGGGGAUGGCAAAUCAACUCUGAUUUGGGACCACCCAUGGUUACAUGAUGAGAAUCACCCGAAAAUAGAAACAGAAAAACCACUCCAAUUGGCACAGGCGAAGGUGAUGGGUCUAAUGGAUCAACAAACAGGAACCUGGGAUUAG